AUGACGUGGGAGUCACCCGGUGGAGGGUACCGUAAUGAAAUAGACCACAUCAUCGUCAAUAAAAAGUUCUGCCUGACGGACGUCGCUGUUGUACCAAAGUUCUAUACGGAAUCGGACCAUCGCCUCCUCCGAGAAAGAUUUUCCUUCACAAGGAGAGCAGAGAAAGCCACCAAGUUCAGAGAGAGAAAUCUCAGGACUAUCAUCAACUGGGAUCUCUUCGCUACGCUAGCCGGCUUUCGGGAAGAUUCCGCAAUGGACGACAUCGAAGAGGAAUAUGACCGGCUUGUUGAACACCUUCACGACUGUGCGAAGAAGGCUGAGAGUUUUAAAACCACCAAGAGACGCCCGUCUCUUGAAACUCUGGAGCUGAUACGCCAGCGUGGAGCAGCACGAGCCGCACGGAACCAAGAACUCACGUCCGAGCUCGCAAGGCUUUGCAGAGAGGCGAUAAAGGAAAACCUUAAAGAAAGAAGAGCAGAAGUGUUGGCUGAAGCUGCAGAAACGGGGAAAAGCAUCCACUAUGCCCGUCGAGACUUCGCCAGUCGCAAGUUCUCUUGA